AUGAAGCUCUCCGUUGCGCUCGUACUGUUCGCCACUCAGCUUGUCGUAUCUGCGUCCCCCGUUGCUAGUGAUGAUGAAGGACUUUCCAUUCCUCUUACCAAGCGUGCACAAUUAACCACAGAUGGUAUUGUUGAUCUUACUGCGGUGAAGGCAAACCUUGCCUUCGCUCAUGCGAAAUAUGAACGCGGCUUUCGCCAGUACCGCAUGAAUGUCGGCGUGGACCAUCCUUUGGCCGCGGGAUUCGCACUAACGAAUCUAACGGCGGACCUAACCAAACGCGACGUUGGCGAGAUGCCUCUCAAUGAACAGAACGGGGGUCAACUCUGGCAGGGCAUCAUCACUGUUGGUACACCUGCUCAGGAGUACACCAUCGACUUUGACACGGGUAGCAGUGACCUGUUCCUCCCUGCUGCGGCCUGCAAUGCUAGCUGCGACGGACACAAACGUUAUGACCCUACGAAUAGUUCUACUUCCCAAAGUCGUGAAUUAACGUUCCGCCUUCGUUACGGUGACGGUUCCACAGUUAGUGGAGACCAGUAUAAUGAUACCGUCGGCAUCGGUAUCCUUAACGCUAUCAAUCAGGCUCUGGGGGCUGCCACUGUCUAUUCUGGAUUCGACAAGAAUCAAUUCCCGCCCGACGGUUUAAUGGGCAUGGCUUAUCGUUCUAUUGCUGUCCUUGAUGCGGACCCAGUAGUUCAAACUCUGAUCGCUCAGGGGAAGACCACUGACCCCGUCUUCGCUUUCAAGCUCACUAGCGUUGGUGCUGAGCUUUCCGUCGGUUCGAUUAACAAUACGUUGUACACUGGUGACUUCACUCAAGUUCCAGUAACCAGACAAGCUUAUUGGGAAGUAAAUAUGGAUGGGAUCCUGAUAAAUGCAACGCAGGUGGUUGACCAACGAUCCGCUAUCAUCGAUACUGGCACAACUCUCGUCAUUGGUGACCCUAAGGGUGUUCAGAGUCUCUGGGACUCGGUCCCGGGCGCAAAGAAUGCUUCAGAGACAAUAGGUCUGCCAGGUUUCUACACCUUCCCUUGCGAUCCCCCUCCUCGAAUAGAGUUCAUUUUUGGAUGCAAGGCGUUCUUGCUUUCGCCAAAGACGUACAACCUUGGCAGGGUCAGUGCGGGGUCACCUGAUUGCGUCGGAGGAAUUGUGGCUCAAAGUGGUUUGUCUUUCUGGGCUGUUGGAGAUGUUUUCUUGCAGAAUGUUUACACCUCUUUCGACUUUGGGAGCAACAGCGUUGGAUUUGCUGAUCUCGCGUAGGACUAUGAGUCUUGACAGGAUUUUCACAAGUACAUGAUAGCAAGGUUCAUUUAUAUAAGACGCUAUCUGCCAUGGUGGUAAUGCCAUACAUCCCUCCUUUGAAAUUUCUAAUUAUUAUACAUACAGUAGCUUUCACCCAAGCGGCUCAUUCAAAUUCAAUUUGAUUUGUGGCGCUU